UCCGCGGCGGAGCGGGGUGCCCUGCGCUGCACUGGCCGGGAGGCGAGGGGCUGGUUCCGCAGGCCAGAGGGGAAGGGGGUCUGACAUUGGAGAGCUGCAGCCGAGAGGAGGGACCAGCUUCACUCCCACACUUUGCGCCGGGAGAGGAGCGAGCCACACGCCACCGUCCGUCCCCACACGGGGCCAUCACCCGGGGAGCCUCCGCCACCAGCCUGCCCCCCACCAGCAGGACCCCCCCAGCCCAUGCGGAGAGCGGGACACGCCGCGCCCAGCCCAGCCCGAGCCGCCUUCCCCUGCGCGCCUGGGGCCCGUGGGCUCGGAUCCAGCCGGUGGCUCUUCUCUGCCAGCCAUGCCCCGGGGCCCCUGCGCCCCUCGCCAACCUGCGCCCCUCGCCCGGCCCUUUUAAAGCCGGGUCUCGCUUCGCCUCCCGCCAGUCGCCCCGGGGCCGGCUGCCCCCCACCCAAAGCCGCCCCAGUCGCGGGUGGCAGCAGAGCAGAGCCCCGCAGAAAGGCCGGGGGAGCCUCCCACCAGCCGGCGGAGAGGGGGGCCGCCUGGGCGCACGGACAGGGCGCGCCCCGGGACCAGCCCCGCCGUAGCGCCGGCCGCUUUCAAGGGUUUCUCAGGAUCCAGCCAUAAAAAGGGGGAGCCCCCUCGAUUACCCUCCACCUGCACCCCAACGUCCCCCCCUCCUCGCUGGGGCACACCGCGGGCUCCCCACUCGCUGCUCAGAUCCUGCGCUCCCGGAGCUGCCCCCGGGGGCACUGGAAGAUUUCGCCCGUCCCGUUCCCCCCCCACAACCACCUUUCUAGUCCCCCCCCCCCGCGAUCGGACCUGCAGGGGGAUGGGCGGGCGAGCCAGCCGGGGCCCCCUGCACUGAGUAGCCUUCUCUGCUUGCGGCCAGCUGGUUUUGGGGGGACGCGCCCCUCGGCCCCACUGAAUCUUUAAUAUAUUUUUUUGCAACACCAUCAAGGAAAGGACCGUGUUGGAAAAGCCCUUUAAGCCCCCUCUUCCCCCCCAGCACCAGCCGCCCACCUCUGACAAAGUUACAGCUCUGUCUACCCGCUCAGUCCAGGAUGGAGCCCUCCUCCUCCGUAUUGAGCUAUUUGUUAUUGCACUUGUUUGUUCUCUCCUUACAAGCUCAGGUAACUGUUCAGUCCCCACCUAAUUUUACACAGCAUGUGAGGGAGCAGAGCCUGGUGACGGAUCAGCUCAGCCGACGGCUCGUCCGCACCUACCAGCUGUACAGCCGGACCAGUGGGAAGCAUGUGCAAGUCCUGGAAAACAAGAAAAUCAAUGCCAUGGCCGAGGACGGGGACGCUCAUGCCAAGCUCAUCGUGGAGACGGACACCUUUGGGAGCCGCGUGCGUAUCAAAGGGGCUGAGACCGGGUUCUACAUCUGCAUGAACAAGAAGGGGAAGCUGAUUGGCAAGAGCAAUGGCAAAGGCAAAGACUGCGUCUUCACGGAGAUCGUCCUGGAGAACAACUACACGGCGCUGCAGAAUGCCAAGUACGAGGGCUGGUACAUGGCCUUCACCCGCAAGGGCCGGCCCCGCAAGGGCUCCAAGACGCGGCAGCACCAGCGCGAGGUGCACUUCAUGAAGAGGCUCCCCAAGGGCCACCAAACCACUGAGCCCCACAGACGCUUUGAGUUCCUCAAUUACCCCUUCAACCGGAGAAGUAAAAGGACUCGAAACUCCAGCCCUCGGCUGGGCCCCUGACUUGCCCCGCCCCCUGCCUCCCGAGCCCCGCCCCCUUUUCCUCUGCGUAGAGAUGUGCUGGACUGUGACUAGAGACUUUUUUUUAUAUGGUUAUUAAAAAAGAAAAAAAAGGAGGAAAAAAAUAACCCGAUCUAGUUGUUUAUAAUUUUUGUUUUGUUUUGUUUUUUACAAGAAAAGAAAAGAAAGAGGCUCUAUUUUUGUAUUCCAACUUUAAAAAAAUAAUGAAAUGUUCAAAGACUCGUGAAUGGGGAAAGCCCCUUCACUUAGACUCAUUCUAGCCGGUUUGAGGUUGUGUUUUAUUUCUGUAGCUCUAGGGGAAAGGGGGCAAAAAAAUCAUUUUAAAACGAACAAGCCACAACAAAACCCCACCCCAGUCUGGGACCAAAGUACGACUUAACAUAAAGAACUGGAUUCUUAUUUGAAAAGAAAAAAAGAUGGGAAAUAAAAGAGGUGGGGGAGGGAUUUGAAGACUAGGAACCAGGACUCCUGGGUUCUUUCCCCAGCUCUACUCAGAUGCCUGUUGGGUUUCUGGUGGUAAUUGGGUUGCCUAUGGCUUUCCACUAUCGAUACAGCUAUUUCUUUAGCUGGACAAGGGGUGGUUUGAUACUGUUCUGAUCCCACAACACUGCUUUUUUCCCAGCUCCCUAUCUUUCCGCAGGAGACUGGAGUGGAUGGGGGGAUAGAGAUGCCCCCAGGCAAAAUCCUGAAUGGAGAUGGCACCUCUGUUAACAAAAGGAACCUGGGAAUUUUCUAAAGCUGCGAUGGCAGGGCAGGGGGCAGUGAAUGAACUAGAGAGGUUUGUCCCCACGAACUAUUGUGACUCUUCAUUGAAAACUGACUUUUUUUUUUUUUUGGCUAAAACAAAAAUUCCAAAAACCAAAAAAUUUUCAGCAGUUUUUGGCUGAAUUUUAAAAAUUUCUUUUUCCAUUCUCAGGCCAAAUUUCCCAGCCCCCCAACACACAGACGGGAUUGCUCAGAGGAGAGCGGCCAUUUUUAACGGCAAACUUCAGUUUGUCAAAUGCCCAGUUUCCCUUUGGGGGGGAAAUAUUGAUGGGAAAUUUUCCAGCUAUCCCAGCUCUGAACCAAGCCCUGGGAGGAGGACUCUGCAAAGGGUUAAAAAUAAUCAUAAUAAGCUUGUGAAUGGGGAGAAAGAACAGAGACACUGUAUCAAAGCCAGAACCCGGUCUUUGUGAUUGCUUGUUUUUGUUUCCUUGAGGAUUUUUUUUUGUCGUGUACAAAUUUAAUAUGAAAUGAUUGAAAUAUUUAUUUAAUAUGUGCAUUAAAAUUUGUAUUAGUACAAACGAGCUUGUCUGCUUUCCGGGCUCAAGGGCAGGGUAGGGGGAGGAUGUCUUUUAGAGAGGGACAGAGCGAGGCCUGAAAAUGAGGGACCUGGUUGGA